GCAGUCCCCUCGCAGGAGGAAGUAGUAGCUGCGCUCCGCGAGCUAAAAAGCGGCCGGGCCUUUGCGGGUCCGAUCCCCGCUGAGUUCGCACGAGAGUGCCCGACUGUUCAAGCAGUCCUGGUCGCCCUGGUCCGCCGCAUAUUCAGAGGGGACGACUUACCCCCUGAAUGGGGCGAGGCCGUGAUUGCCAUGCUCCACAAGGACGGGAUCAGGGCCGACCCAAAAAACUACCGCCCCAUCGCAUUGAUCUCGCUCGGGGAGAAACUAGUAAGCCUGGUAAUACUCCGCCGGAUUGAAAAAGGCGCCAGCAAGUGCCUCGACACAAGGCAAAAAGGCUGCCGGCGGGGCCUAUCGACGAGACAUGCGGUCUUCCAGCUCCUGCGAGAUAUUGAGUCCAGCAAUAAGCAGGGUCGGCGGGCCCUGUACACCUUUAUUGAUUUUGCGAAGGCGUUCGACUCUCUAUCAUGGCCGGUGCUGCACCGGAUUUGCCGGCAGCAGGGGAUGCCGGAGAACAUCUGUCGCAUACUCCGCGACAUGUACGACAGAAACGCCCGGAUCAAGAUCCGGCUCGGGGAAGAGAAAUUUGCUGCAGAAUUCAAGCAGAAGUGCGGGAUAAGGCAGGGCAGCGCCCUGUCCCCGCUUCUGUUCAUCAUCUGCGUCGACUGGGCAAUGAAGCAAUUCGUUGCCACCAUGGUGGAAGAAGAAUUUUGGACCAGGGAGGAAGCAGAAGACCAGGCACUUCGGUGGCUGGGGUACGUGGACGACCUGGUAAUCAAAAGCAACUGCAGAAACGAGGCGGAGUUUGCGCUGGGGGAGCUAGCAAGCGCCUGCCGCUUCGUGGGGCUUGAUUUGAAUGUCAAGAAAACAAAGCUGAUGGCAGUAAAUCCAGAAGCAGAAAGCAGGAAAAAUCCAGAAGCAAUGAUGGAGAGAUGCGCCCUAGACGGUGCGGAGGGGUGGAUGAUAGACUGGAGCGGCGUAGAUUGGGCCGACGAGUGGAGACGAGAGGCGGACCGCCUCCCGCCCGCAAGCCAGUCCUACAACGGCCUGGCGCCCACACACCUAAUAGUUUGGGACGACCCCGCCUCCGGGGUAACGGCGAUCGCAUCCAAGAUGUCAGGUUGGGCUACCACCCAGGACGGCGAAAGCAUCCGGCUGAUGCGAUUAGGUAGGAAGAAGCACGUCUUGGAGGCUCGCAACGAGUUCGUCUGCGAAAAGUGCGGUGACAUUUUGCCAGACGAAACUGCGCUCUUGUUCCACCAGGCGACGGGUUUCUGUCGCCCGAACAAGACCGUGAAGGAGCUCCGCACACUAAGAACCUGCAGGCUCAUAGAGCAAAAGAAGAAAAGCAAGCCAAAAGCAACAAAGCCACAACACGCGCGCAAACUAAGGCACAACGGCAGGGAGGUCGAGGCCGUUCCCUCCUUCAAGUACCUAGGAACAGAGGUGGCGCAAGACGGCACCACAGACACAGAAGUUGCGCGGCGCUGCGGGAUAGCCACGGGAGUAGUCAAACAGCUGCAGCCAAUUUGGCGGGAUCGCAGCCUCCCCCCGCAUUUGAAAGCCGAACUGUAUAGAUCCCUGUCUCUUAGUGUAGUGCUAUACAACGCAGAAGCGUGG